UAUACGAGUUACAAAAACACCCGUUAAACCCUAAAGACCUUAAACCUUGUGGCCGCGCCGCGUUAUUACUCUGACCUCUUCUCUCUCUCUCUCUCUCUCUCAAGCUCCCUCUCUCAAGUUCUUCAAUUCUCUGCUCUCUAGAAUCAUCAUCCUUCGAGUGGUUUCGUUUCUCAAAAAUUGAUUGGUUGAGAAAGAGCAAACAUGGUUGAAUCGGAGAAGACGUCCGUUGAUGAGCUGAAGAAGAGGAUAAGGAAGAGGAAUCGUGGGAAGAAGAAUGAGCAGAAAAAACCGGAAGAAGAAGAAAUCCAGAAUGUAGAAGAGGAAGAUGAAAUGCAAAAGAAGAGUGAAAAGAAGGUUAAGAAAGUGAAGUUGCAAGGUAGAGGCAAAAUCGAGGAAGAAGAAGAAGAGGUGGAAGCAAAGGAGGAAGGCAAAGAAGAGAAGAAUAUCUUGAUUGUUGGGAAAGGGAUUAUGACUAAUGAGACUUUUGAAUCCCUGAACUUAACUGAGCAAACUUCCCAAGCUAUUAAGGAGAUGGGAUUUUCACACAUGACUCAAAUUCAAGCCGGAUCAAUAAAGCCUCUUUUGGAGGGAAAAGAUGUUCUUGGUGCUGCCAGGACUGGUUCUGGUAAAACCCUUGCUUUUCUCAUACCGGCUGUAGAGUUGCUGUAUAAAGAGAAUUUCUCCCCUCGCAAUGGGACUGGUGUGAUUGUUAUUUGCCCCACAAGAGAACUUGCUAUUCAGACCAAAAAUGUGGCGGAGGAGCUACUUAAGCAUCAUUCACAGACAGUUGGCAUGGUUAUUGGUGGCAAUAACAGAAGGUCAGAAGCACAACGCCUUGCAAAUGGUGCAAACUUGUUGAUAGCAACUCCUGGACGUCUUCUUGAUCAUCUUCACAAUACAAAGGGUUUCAUUUAUAAACACCUGAAGUGCCUUGUGAUCGAUGAAGCUGAUAGAAUACUGGAAGAGAAUUUCGAGGAAGACAUGAAUAAGAUUCUAAAGAUUUUACCAAAGACUAGGCAAACUGCGUUAUUCUCUGCCACCCAGACUUCUAAGGUUAAAGAUCUUGCUCGGGUGUCAUUGACAUCUCCUGUUCCUGUUGAUGUCGAUGAUGGUAGACGCAAGGUGACGAAUGAAGGAUUGGAGCAAGGCUAUUGUGUUAUUCCGAGCGAAAAAAGACUUCUCCUUCUAAUUACCUUUUUGAAAAAGAACCUCAAGAAGAAAACUAUGGUCUUUUUCUCGACUUGUAAGUCGGUACAAUUCCAUGCAGAGAUCAUGAAAAUAAUGAAAGUGGAUUUUUGUGAUAUCCAUGGAGGACUGGAUCAGACCAGAAGAACUAAAACCUUUUUUGACUUCAUGGACGCAAAAAAAGGUAUCUUGUUAUGUACUGAUGUUGCUGCUCGUGGUCUGGAUUUUUCUUCUGUGGACUGGAUUGUACAGUAUGAUCCUCCGGACCAGCCAAAGGAAUAUAUUCAUAGGGUUGGUCGAACAGCCCGUGGAGAAGGAGCAAAGGGAAAGGCAUUGCUUGUCUUGAUUCCUGAAGAGCUUCAGUUUAUUCGGCACCUUAAGGCUGAAAAAGUACCUGUUAAAGAGCUUGAUUUCAAUGAGAAGAAGCUUUUGAAUGUUCGAUCUGCGCUGGAGAGAUGUGUUGCUGAAAACUAUAGCCUGAACAUGUUAGCCAAGGAUGCAUACCGAGCGUAUAUCUCAGCAUACAAUUCACACUCUUCGAAAGACAUCUUCAAUGUUCACCGACUCGAUCUCCAGGCGGUUGCAGCAUCGUUCUGCUUCUCUUCGCCACCUAAAGUGAAUCUGAACAUAGAAAGUGGAGCUGGGAAGGUCAGGAAAGCAAGAAAUCAGCAAGGUCGCAAUGGCUUCAGUCUUUACAGUCCCUAUGGCAAGUCUACACCUAAAUAGGCGUAAUGUGUCUGGAUCGGCUUACGACAUUUCUAUUUGCUCCUUAGACACUUGUUUUUGAUUAAUUACCCACCAAGUUUUGUUUGAAGAGUAAGCAGUGCGUCUAAUUUAUGUGAAAUAUUAUUUACUUGGCUUACUAUUUCAGUUCAAUGGUUAUACAACAUUUUAAAAUUGUU